AUGAUUGUACAUCAAAAGUUUCAAAAUAGGUGGCGUAACGACUACCAGGAUAUGAUACAGGAAACUGGAAUGGAUAUUGAGUACAUUCGUUGUUAUAUGGGGAAUUCACUUGGGCCCCUCACGGCAAGAAUUUCUCACUUUUUCGAAUUGAUUGGACCAAGCAUCUCCAUGGAAAGUGGCUGCUCUACCUCGAUUGCAGGGGUGGACAUCGCAUGCGACAGUUUACGAAAUGAAGCAUGUGACGUCGCAAUAGCCAUCGGAGUUAACCUAUUACUCCAUCCAUUUACACCAGGACUGUUGGAAGGCUUUGUGGCACAAAAUGGGAGAUGUAAGACGUUUGACGCUGAGGCCGACGGAUUUGGGAGGGCUGAAGGAGUGGGUGUCUUAAUUUUAAAAAGACUAUCCAACGCAGUGUCCGAUGGGGACAGGAUUUGGGGGGUAAUCCGGGGUUCGGCCAUCGUGCAAGAGGUAACAAGCAGAAGUAUGGGCACACCAUCUGUCAAUGUGGAGGCUAAAGCCAUGCAGUUAGCUCUCAACCGCGCUGGCAUCCUUCCCGACGAUGUAGAUUACGUGGAGACGCAUGGAACCGGCACUCCAAUAGGUAGGAGACCCCAUCGAGUGGCUGCUAUCGCCAAAAUCUACUCUUCAAUUCGCCGAGAACCAUUAGUAAUAGGAUCCGUAAAGACUAACAUCGGUCAUACCGAAUCUGUUUGUGGGAUUGCUGGGAUUCAUAAGACUGUUCUUUCAAUGCAUCACAAUCUAAUCCCGAAACAUUUGAAUUUCACUCAACUAAACCCAGAAAUCGACUUGGCUGCUAUCCCAGCUCAACUCCCGCUCCAAGCUAUUCCAUGGGAACGAAAAAACAAUGGAAAACAUCGAAUUGCUGGGAUAAAUUCGUUCGGAAUAACAGGAGCCCAAGCUCAUUUGAUUCUUGAGGAACCUCGGCUACAGUACGCAGGAAAAAUUUUUACUAGCAGAGAUUCGAGACAACAAAAAAUUCUUACAUUUUCCGCUAAAACUGAGGCAGCACUAAUUGCACAAGUGGCAGCUUACAGGGAUUUUCUCGACCCAUCAAACAGUAUUUCACUAACUAACUGGGAGUAUACGAUGCAUACAUCACGCCCACACUUCCAACUACGACAACUUGUCAUCGGAUCUACAAGAGAGGAACUUUUAUCGUCCAUUGAAUCUAUCCAGAAACCACUACUUCGACCCCUGAUACCACCAAGGCUUUGCUUCCUGUUUACAGGUCAAGGUUCGCAGUAUGCAGGCAUGGCAAAAUCUCUCUACGAUCAAAGUACCGUCUUUAGAUCCCAUUUUGAUUGGUGUGACUCGAUUUUGAAAUUGGAGUCUGGAUUGCAACUUAGGAAAGCUCUAUGGGAUGAGGAACAUAGUAAUCUGCUCAGUUCCACCUUGUAUAGUCAAACUUCAAUAUUUUGCAUAGAAUUUUGCCUUCUCCGAUUGUGGGAGUCUUGGGGUAUUGUACCAGAUGCUGUAUUGGGUCAUAGUCUGGGCGAGUUUACGGCAGCGGUGGCAGCUGGCAUUUUGAGUCCGACGGACGCUCUCAAGUUGGUGGUCACUAGGUCCAAACUCAUUGACGCUCUCCCACCGUCGGGUAUGCUUGUCGUUGCGUCCAGUGUUGAUACUGUUCGAGAAGAAAUGAAGCGAGCAUUUGCCAACACUAAAAACUGGCUUGAUAUUGCUGCUGUGAAUUCCUUGACCCAAACUGUUGUCUCUGGAGCAAAUCACAUAAUUACUGAAUUCAGAACAUAUUGCGACAACAAUGGGAUUAAGAGCCACAUCCUUGAUGCCUCCCAUGGUUUUCACUCUAAACUUAUGGACCCAAUAUUUGAAGAUUACGAUAAACUUUUAUCAACAAUUAAAUUCAGAACGGCCAAGAGGUGUAAAUUUAUAUCAAGCGUUGAGGGGCGUAUCAUGUCUGAGGUUGACAAAAGCUAUUGGUGGCGACAUACUCGGGAAAAAGUUUGCUUCUUCAACGCCAGCAACACGGCUGGAAUGGAGGGGUUGACUAUGUUCCUAGAAAUUGGACCGCACCCGGUUCUUUCUGCAUUAAUUUUGACAAACUUGGAUGAGGUAAUCAUUUUCUCAAUUAAACCUAAUUGA